GCAGGUGAAGAAAUAAGGCGCUAUUAGUUCCUCAAACACCGUAAGCCCGAAUGCCACGGAGAGGAGAGCGAAGCCGGCUAAAGGAAACAAAAGGGUUUGUUCCUCGAAGGCUCUCCCUGCCCCCGCAGCUCUCCCGCCGGAGCCCCGCGUUGGCUCCUACGUGGACGGUGGCAGCUGACCGUCCUCUGCAGCGGUAGAGGAGCGCGGAUGGCGCUCGGGAGCAACGGCAGCCCCGAGGUCGUCGCCCCAGGAGACGGCAGACACGGCGCGCGUUGUCCCAGCUGCUGAAGUGAAAAAACAACGACCGGCAGGAAGAGGAGAAAGCAGGGGAGGGGUCCGCGCCGCUAAGCGAGGCGGCGGGAGACGGAGCGGCGGCGACCCAAAGGGACGGCAGUGACGCCUUCCCAACCGCGGCGCCCGCCUCCUCGCCGUUCCUCCGCUGGUGUCGGUGUCGGUGUCGGUGUCAGCUGCUCUCGCUUUCGCCUUCCCUCCUGGGAGCCCAGCGCUGCCCCUGUGCGCCCGCCCGCUUGCUUCUUCACGCACUGUUGUCAUGGAGGAGCCAAGAUGGCGGCCCUGGCCUACAGCUUGGGCAAGCGGGAGAUCAACCACUACUUCAGCGUGAGGAGCGCCAAAGCGCUGGCGCUGGGCGCUGUUCUGCUGUUCGCCGCCUGCCACGCCGUCUCCCGUCGGUAUAAAGGCAAUGAUACUUGUGAAUAUCUUCUCUCUACUGGAAGAUUCCUUGGGGACAAAAUAUGGCAGCCUUAUAGCUGUAUGAUGCAUAGAUACAAACAGAGUGAAGCAAAAUCAUGCCUCAAACACAAAUAUAUUGCAUUUAUAGGCGAUUCUAGAAUUCGUCAACUAUUCUACUCAUUUGUAAAACUCAUAAACCCUCAAAUUAAGGAGGAAGGAAACAAGCAUGAAAACAUUCCUUUUGAAGACAAAUCAUCUUCACUUAAAGUGGAUUUUCUGUGGUAUCCAGAAGUCAAUGGUUCUAUGAAGCAAUGUAUCAAGUCUUGGACUGAAGGUUCUUCAUCAAAGCCUCAUAUAAUUAUAGCAGGAGCUGCUACGUGGUCUAUAAAAAUUCAUAAUGGCAGCAAUGAAGCACUCACACAGUACAGGAUCAAUAUCACAUCAAUUGCACCUCUUCUGGAAAAACUGGCAAAGAGCAGUGAUGUCUACUGGGUCUUACAAGAUCCAGUUGAUGAAGAUAUGUUGAGUGAAAGCAGGAAAAUGAUCACUAAUGAGAAAAUAGAUGCUUACAAUGAAGCAGCAGUCAGUAUUCUGAACAGCAGCUCAAAAAAUUCAAAAGCUAAAGUAAAAGUUUUCAGUGCAUCUAGACUGAUAGCAGAAGAAACUAUAAUUCAGUCAUCAGAUGGCUUACAUCUUCCUGAAUCAAGCAGAGAAACAAGUGCAAUGAUUCUGAUAAACAUCCACUGCAACAAGAUUGUGAAACCUAUUGAUGGCUCAUGCUGCCAACCUCAGCCUCCCAUCACUUUGAUACAAAAGCUAGCUUUUUGCUUUUUUGCUUCAUCUGUAAUUGGAUAUUUGAUUCUUGUUCUCAUUCGUCGCAACAAUAACCAGAAGAACAAGCCAUGCACUGAUAUGGAGAGUGGAGAAGAGAAAAAACCUGCCACUAAUUCUCCAACAGUUUCUACUCUAGAGAUACUUUUCCAGUCCUUAUGCAAACUUGGUUUGAUUAUGGGCUACUUCUACCUGUGUGAUAGAGCAAAUCUAUUCAUGAAAGAGAACAAGUUUUAUACUCAUUCAUCUUUUUUUAUACCAAUAAUUUAUAUCCUUGUGUUAGGAGUAUUUUACACUGAAAAUACUAAAGAGACCAAGGUGUUAAAUAGGGAGCAGACUGAUGAAUGGAAAGGAUGGAUGCAGCUUGUCAUUUUAAUCUAUCAUAUCUCUGGAGCAAGCACGUUCUUACCAGUGUACAUGCACAUCCGUGUUUUAGUUGCUGCAUAUCUAUUCCAAACAGGCUAUGGGCAUUUUUCAUACUUUUGGAUUAAAGGAGAUUUUGGUAUUUAUAGAGUGUGUCAGGUUUUAUUUCGACUGAACUUCCUGGUUGUGGUGCUGUGCAUUGUAAUGGAUCGGUCUUACCAGUUCUAUUACUUCGUUCCUCUAGUCACUUUCUGGUUUUUGGUCAUAUAUAUUACAUUAGCUCUGUGGCCUCAAAUUAUCUUGAAGAAAGCCAAUGGCAGUUUCUUCUGGCAUUCUGGCUUACUGACAAAAUUAGCAUUCCUGUUUGUCUGCAUAUAUUUUCUAGCAUAUUCUGAGGAUCUAUUUGAAAAGGUUUUUUCCAUAUGGCCAUUGUCCAAGUUUUUUGAACUAAAUGGGAGUGUCUAUGAAUGGUGGUUCAGGUGGAAAUUAGAUCGAUAUGUUGUUUUCCAUGGAAUGUUGUUUGCUUUUAUUUAUCUGACUUUUCAGAAACGGCAGGUCCUCUCAGAAGGAAAGGGAGAGCCACUCUUUCCUACCAAAGUUUCAAAUAUUUUUUUAUUUAUUUCAGUAGUGUUUUUUUUGACAUAUUCCAUCUGGGCAAGUAGCUGUAAAAACAAAACUGAAUGCAAUGAAAUGCAUCCUUCUGUUUCUGUUGUGCAGAUUUUAGCUUUCAUCAUAAUUAGGAACAUACCUGGCUAUGCUCGUUCUGUAUAUAGUUCAUUUUUUGCCUGGUUUGGCAGAAUUUCUCUUGAGCUCUUUAUCUGUCAGUACCACAUCUGGCUGGCAGCAGAUACAAAGGGAAUCUUGGUCCUUAUUCCAGGAACCCCCAUGCUCAAUAUUAUUGUCAGCACUUUUAUAUUUGUGUGUGUAGCUCAUGAAAUUUCCCAGAUCACAAAUGAUCUUGCACAGAUUGUUGUUCCAAAAGAUAAUGUAAUGCUGCUGAAAAGGCUAAUAUGGGUAUGUGUAUUUUUUUCCGGAUUUCUCUUUUUAUCAUCAUUUCGGAAACAGUGAAGACGUUAAUCUCCAGUAAAUCCUUAAAUCAUUGCUUGAGCUUCGUUUUAUACCUCCUGAAUCAAUAAAUGAAAAUCAGCUGGAAUCUGUGCCUCAACUUUGUUUCUGUUCCUGGGGAGCACAAGAAAGAUACACAUAUGAAGUGCACUGAACAUGUAUGUUACCUGAGGAUAAAAUCCAAUCAAGAAAAUAGAAAUGCAUUGUAUACAGCUGAAGAUGCAGAAGAAUGCAUUUUUCUACUGGAGGAUUAUUUCUGUUUACAAACCUUUCUAAAAUUAGUGUAAAAAUGGAGCAAAACGAGCUCAGCCAGAGGCAUUUAAAGACUUUCCUGGAAACAUUUCUUAAAUUGUUAAUAAUUAUCUACAUCCACUGUUUGGAAAAAAAAACUGCUUUUGUUGCAACUGAUUACAUAAUCCACCUCUUGAUGGCAUUUUAAAUUCCUGGAAUCACAUAGAGAAGCCAUUGAAGAGCAUAAAAGGCUGCAGUAGGUCUUAACAGAGUUCUGCAUAGAAUAUGUGAACAAAAUUGUAGUGAUUUAUUUUAAGCUUCUGGGUAUAUGUAUCAUAUCUGGAGAGCUUUUCAAGUACUGAGGGAUACAAAGUCACUGAAAUAUAACCUUAAUGUUUACAAACUGCAUUGCAUUACAUUUCAGUACAGUAGAUUUUCAGAUAUUUCUCUUAAGUUUCAUGAAUGAAUUCAGUUUGAGUAGUUUUAUUUUUAUUCUAUUUGUUUUUAUCAAUAUCUUCAAGUCUAUCUUACAAUAUUAGUUUCAAAAGUAUAUUGGAAGUCAAACAUUUCCUGUGAUUCCCCUCUAAAUUAUCCCUUCUGGCAUACUACUGUGGUUACAUUUCACUUCAGUUUUUCUUUCUUUUCGUGCCUGAAAAUAAUUUCAUUGGAACCAGAGACAACCUUGUCUCACACACUUCUGCAAGUCAGGCAUUUAUUUAGCUGUGAUUGUUCUGUGAUUUCUGUAACAAUUAUAUUUUGGCUUGGGAGAAAGUUUUUUUAACUCAAAAUUUGCAUGGACUGCAUGAGAAAUGAGGAGAAAAAUUACCGACCUCCUCAAAUAUAGAAUUUCAAAGUUAUUUUAACAAUCAUUGUUUUAAAAGGGCUGUGAAGACAUUGUAAUUUCUUUUUGAAACUAAUCAUGCAGAAGCCCAUGAAGAAUGGGUAGUUCAGGAAUAGCAUUAAGAGGCUUUAAAAUCUAAAAUGCUACAUUAUACAUAUGCCCUUCAAAUUUCAUUACUAUUUAGUUAUAUUCUCAUGAUAGUAUUUCUGUUCAUAUUCCUAAGCAUGCUGUGCAGAUGUGAAAUUUAUAGUAGUUGAAUUUGAAGGAAAUGGUGUGACUUUAUCUGAAGAAUUUAAGCGGAAUAUGCCAAUUCUGAAAUUUUAAUCCUGGCAUUUUGGAGUAUAGUACUGGGCAAUUUGUAGUCAGAAUAAGAUUGUAAGUAUUAACCAGCAUCCUAAAUUUGUGUGGAAUAUGCAGUUCUUGAUUCUACGAUGCAUAUGCACACUAAAAUUUCAUACUGAACUUUUAAAACCUAUCCGCCAAUGUGCUUUCUAGCAGUAUCGAUUUCAACGUUAAGUUUGGGGACUGGAGGUUUGUGGUGAAAUGGUGUGUGUAAUCUACGGUUGAAAAACUUUUUUUUAACCAUUGAAAAUAUUUUAAAGAGCAUUUUGAGUUGCUUGGGGAAGGUCACUUUGGCAAAGAAAUGUCUGCUUUUUAAAGACACCCCUGGGAGGUAUGUUUUCUCUAUGUUCAUUGGGGACCUAGCUUUGGGCAUCAGUUGCAGUGUGUCCCUACUAUGUCUGCAUGUUGCAUCCAGCUUUAGCACUUAAGAAUGAAUAGAAAGUAUUGUUUUCUAUGCCUAUGUGCAAUUAUAUGGCUUUUUAUUUAUUAGUAUGUUUUGAUGUAUGGAAUUAGGAACUCUUAAUUCCUGUUGUAAAAGAUUAUACUGAGUAAUAGGGAAGGAGAGGAGGAAAUCCCACUAAAUAAUAAUAAAUUUCAAAUUGCUUCAAUGUAAUGUUUACAUUACAUUAUCUUGCUUCUGUAAGUCCUUAUUUCAAAAGGUGUGAAAAGUACUACUUUGCCAUUAAUGAUUUGCAAUUUUUUCUUCAAUUUUGUUUAACAUGGAUGUAAUGGCUGGCAAAUCAGGGGUUGAAUGUACAAAUGAGAUCCACUGAGAAUUUUUGUUAAGGUGGGAGUCUUUUGUUAUGUUUAUAAAACAAGUAUUAUAGAUAUUUUAUUUAUCUGUUGUACAGAUUUGGUUAAAGAUUAUUUUUUAAGUUUGAGAUAUUGCACUUGUUUGUUAUAUAUUUUUAAAAGAAUAUAUUUUAAAGUUAUGUGAAAAAUAUGAAGUAAUUUAAGGUUUAAAUAAAUGUGCUGUGGGUGCUUAUUUUUGUACUAAGGGAGCAUCAGUUAAGUAAAAGGGUUAUGUGUGUGUGUGUCUUUCUUAAUAAAAUGUUUCUGAAAUCUGUUAAAAUGCUUGGCUUAUCCUCUCGCAUAAAGACAUGUGAGAAUACUACAACAUUGCCUGUACAAUUCUUAUGUAAAGUAUUGCAAAUAAAUUGUUAGAAAUUGA